GGUCUCUCUCUCUCUCUCUCUCUCGCUCACAAACAAACUCCCCACACACAACACAAAACGUAGACAAAAACAUACGCUCCUUUUAUUUCUCUGUUAGAACCUUCUUCUUCUUCUUGCCUCUUUCAAUUCAUUUCUCUCACUCUUCACUCUCUUAUACUUAGGGUUAGGGUUAGGGUUUCCUUUUUAAAAUUUAAUCUCCCAAUUUGUUUCUCUCUCUUUUUUUGUAAUGCUUCACAACCCCCUUAAUUUAGCUCAAAAACAGCAAUGUAUGGUCACUCUCAGACAAUGAACAUCCCCACUCAAAUGUCCGCCGGCGCCGACGAUGACGACGUCUCCGUUGGCGCCGAUAAUCACCACCUCGGCUAUGACACUCACUCCCUCGAAAACGGCGUCGUCGUCGAAGACGUUGCUCCUGAUUCUGUCUACGGUCAAGCCUCCGGCUCCGAAUUGGGUAAUUCGAGCCAGCUCACCCUCUCCUUUCGCGGCCAGGUCUAUGUCUUUGACUCCGUCACUCCUGAUAAGGUUCAAGCUGUGCUGCUAUUGCUGGGAGGAUGCGAGUUAUCAUCGGGCCCGCAAGCAAUGGAGGUGAUUCCUCACAAUCAGAGGGGUGUUGCUGACUUUCCAGGAAGGUCUACCCAACCACAGAGAGCUGCUUCGUUAGAUAGGUUCCGACAGAAGAGGAAAGAACGCUGUUUUGACAAGAAAGUCAGAUAUAGUGUCCGCCAAGAAGUUGCUCUCAGGAUGCAGCGGAACAAGGGUCAAUUUACUUCAGCCAAGAAGUCUGAGGGGGGAGCCUUUAGUUGGGGUAAUUCCCAGGAAUCAGGGCAGGAUGACAGUCCAUCAGAAACCUCGUGUUCACAUUGUGGCAUUAGUUCAAAGUCCACCCCCAUGAUGCGACGUGGUCCAUCUGGCCCGAGGUCUCUCUGCAAUGCCUGUGGUCUUUUUUGGGCAAACAGGGGUACUCUGAGGGAUCUUUCCAAGAAAACCCAGGACCAUUCUCUUACUCCAGUUGAGCAGGGUGAAGGAGAAGCAAACGACUCGGACUGCGGAACUGCCAUCCAUGCAGGCAACGAACUAGUUUCUUUCUCAAAUGAUGAUGACACUGCUUUAUUAACCGAGCAUUAAGUCGUUUUACAAUAAAUGGUUACAGGGGUCGGGCUUUGGCUAUGUCAUUGAAGUAGAAGUUUUUCUAGUAAUUUCAUCUAGCUUGUCCUAUAUGUACAGAUAUUAUAGCUCCUUCUUCAAUAUAUGAGGUUGUCUCCUUUUGUUUGUGGCUACUUUUCAAAAGCAACUUAUUUCAGAUGUAUCACAUAAAAAAAAAGUAAGCUUCAAUUAGAUGAUAAUCUUUGUAAUUUUUAUAUGACAUUCGCCCCACCUAAACAAGUCGGGUCUCUUCUGUUUAAGCCUUGUUGUUUUUCCUUUUUCUCCUCAAGUAAACACAUUCUAGUAAAUCAACUUUUGUUGUUGUCUUACCAAAAACAAACACA